CGCAAACGUUUAGCUGUUUCCACACGGAACUGUUUUUGUGUGUGUGAUGCAUUAACGCCGCGCUACAGUCACUACAUGCGAAUUAUGAUCGGUCCCAAACUUUCAGACACUCAUCGAUUAUUGGCUAUUUACAGUAUUUCAGCUACUUUCUAGACGAUGAAUUUCUUCCGCAACCGUCUGGUGGUUUUGGGGCUGGUGUUGCUGGCCACAGUGCUGCUGUAUCUGCUGCUGCCCUCCAUGCGGCAGGGGAGCAUGGAGCCGUCUCUGGAGGUGCAGCAGAGGAUGGGGAUGAUCGCCGCCUCUCCUCCGCCUCCGCCGCCGCCGAACAGCGUCAACAUCACGGUCAGGACCGGACAGCUGCCCGGGGACCCGCCGCUCUUCUUCAGGGAGGCUCUGCCUGUGGACAGCGCUGGGCGACAGAUCGUGCCCAGGCUGCAGUUGGUGCUUCUUCAUGGUCAGGCCUUCACCUCUAAAACUUGGGAGGAGUUGGGCACCCUCAGCCUGCUGGCUUCCAAUGGAUACCAAGCCCUCGCUCUCGAUCUGCCCGGUUUUGGGAAUUCUCCGGACUCAGAGUCUGUAAAGUCGGAUCAGAGUCGCGUGGACCUGCUGAAACGUUUUCUGGAGUCUCUGGGGGUGCGAGCACCAGUGUUACUGAGCCCGUCUAUGAGCGGUCAUUACGCCCUGCCGUUCCUCCAGAAACACAGCGCCCAGCUACACGGCUUUGUUCCCAUCGCCCCCGUGGGCACACGUGGCAUCACCCCACAGCAGUACCGCGACAUCCAGACUCCUACUCUGGUCAUAUAUGGAGAGUUAGACACCAAUCUGGGUGCCCAAUCCCAUAAGAACCUGAUUCAGCUGCCUCAUCACACCGUGGUGAAGUUGGCAGGAGCGCGACACGCUUGUUACAUGGACAAACCCCGUGAGUUCCACCGCGCUCUGCUCGACUUCCUCAGCAAACUCGAAUGAGGGACGGAGAGAGUGAGAACGGAUCAAACAAACAUGUGAAAAAGACUUUAGGAGAGACUGAGUGAAGAAAAAGACAAGAAAAUGAUGAUCAGGACUGCAGUGUAGCUGUAAAACCAGUCCUGAAACAUCACAAACACCUGAACGUUCUGUCGGCCAUCCACAUCUGCUCACUCAUAAAUCCCCUGCGUGCUCCAUCAAGUGAUGAGGUUAUAUAAUACAUCAAACAAACAGAACCUCUGCAGAGUUACUAUAGUAACGCUUCUUUUGUAAACAUCCUUUCAUCAGUUUUGACACUGUUGCAUGUAAUGGCCCGUUACAUUGUUACAUUUUCCAGCCUGAGGGUUGUUCUGUAAAGCUGUUCCCAGGAUUUCCAGUCUGAGGAAUGUUCCUGCAACAACACAGUAGCCAUGGUUCCAGGCUGAGAGUUAUUUGUAACACUGGUGCCAUGGUAUCCUUUUUGAGAGUUGUUCUGUAAUGCUGUUGCCAGGGAUGUUCCUGUAACACAGUUGCCAUGGUUUACAGUCUAAGGGAUGUUCUUUAACGCUGUUGCCAUGGUUUCUGGUCUGACAGAUGUUCCUGUAACAUAGUUGCCAUGGUUUCUUUUCUAAAAGAGUUCUGUAACUCUGUUGCCAGGAAUGUUCAUCUUACUCAGUUUCCAUGGUUUUCAAUCUGCGAGCUAUUCUGUAACGUUAUUUCCAUGGUUUCUAGUCUGACGGUUGUCUGACAGUACCUACAACACAAUUGCCAUGGUUUCCAAUCCUAGAGAUAUUCCAUAAAGCUGUUGCCAUGGUUUCUGAUUUGACAGAUUUUCCUGUAACAUAGUUGCCAUGGUUUUCAGUCUGAGAGUUAUUCUGUAACAUUGUUGCUGUAGUUUCCAGUUUGAAACACAUUCCUGUAAUUCAGCGGCCAUGGCUUUCUUUCUGAGGGAUGUUCCUGUAACACAGUUGCCAUGGUUUCUCAUCUUUGGGUUGUUCCAGUGAAAUGGUUGCCAUGGUUUUCAACCUGUGAAACGGUCCUGUAACUAAAUUUCCAUGGCUUUCUUUCUGAAGGAUGCACAUGUAACACAGUUGCCAUGGUUUCCAGACUGACAGUUGUACCUAUAACACAGUUGCCAUGGUUUCUAGUUUGACAGUUAUACCUACAACACAGUUGCCAUGGUUUCCAGACUGACAGUUGUACCUACAACACAGUUGCCAUGGUUUCUAGUCUGACAUUUACUUUCAGUAACAUUGUUGCCAUGGUUUCCAUUCUGAGGAUUGUUCUUGUAAAUCACAGGUGCCAUGUUUUUGGUCUUUGGCUCUUCUUAUUAUACAAAAUUCAUGGUUUACUUUCCUGUGUAAUGGUUGUUUUUAUAAUACAAUUAUCAUGGUUUUCUGUAACAAAAAAAGAGUUACAUGAUGGCAAAAAUCAGCGUCAUGACUGUCAUGGCCCUUGGAAACUUUUGAUAUGUAACCGAAUUCAUCAAUACUACAAGAACAUCUCAGAGAAGAAAACAGCAUUUCUAUUUUUUUUGGCACAUAUUGGUUUGUCUUAUUGGCAUGUUAAUUAAUGCAGUGUGUUCACACCAGCAGCUGGCACAUACAUACAUACAUAAUGUAGCACGGCAUUGUGUGAAUGACUCAGCACAUGAUUUUAGAAGUGCAAAACGAGUGAAGACUUUCAGUAUUGGAUGCCUGUAAAUUCAGUUUUACAUUAUCAGUAGUUGUCAGACUCAUAUUAGCAGUAGAUUAUUUCUUGCAGUAAAUAGAAAAUUUCCUGAGACUGUAGAGAAAAAAAGGUGUUCAUUACAUUACAACACCUAAAAAUGUAGGUGUUCAUUACAUAUUUAUUAUUGAUUUCUUAAAGCUUCUACAGGACAGAAACUGUAAUGUGUGUGGUAUUUAUGUGCUGUGGUCUGUUGUUUUGUUUGUUUAUAGCUUGUAAAUGUGAAUAUGUUUUAGAGGACUGGGAGGCACCUCUGCCCUGUAAAUAUUUCCAACAUCAGGAAUCUUCAACCUGAAGGGAUCUGUCAUUGGGACUGAAUUCAGAUUCUUGUGUGCAUGGUACUGCAGUGACAUGAAACAUUCUUUUGUUCAAUGCAAAAUAAAAUUCAUCAACAUUA